UGCAGUUUGAAGGAUAUUUCUGACACUGAAGAAUUUAAUUCCCUUAAGCUAAAUAUGUGGGGAUUUCCGUGCGAAAGCGACGCAGACGUAUGCUGCGACGUCAGAUGUGGGGAACGACGUCUCGAUACUCAACCGUUUAACGACAAUACGAGCUAUCGGAUUUUCAACUCACACACCAAGGCAAAUUUCGCCGAGUUUCCUUGGAUGUUGGCAAUUUUUUACCGAAAUGGCUACCGUUGUGGAGGUUCUUUAAUCCAUCCUCAAGUGGCUUUGACUGCUGCCCAUUGUGUCGAUAAACUGGGCCCAUACAAGGUACGAGCCGGAGAUUGGGACCGUUACUCCCGAAAUGAGCCCCUGGAACACGAAGAUCGUGCAGCGGCAAAGAUAAUCAUCCAUGGCGCGUACGACGCUCAUUCGCUAAAAAACGACAUCGCUCUGAUCAUCGUCGACAAGCCUUUUCCCCUCCAAGAAAAUAUUGGAGUAGUUUGCUUGCCCCCUGAAAAUUCGAACCCUAUUCCAAAAGAAUGUUUAGUAACAGGAUGGGGUAAAACUUCCCACCAGAGUCGGUAUUCGAAUAUUCUAAAUAAGGCGACGUUUCCAAUGGUGUCUCAUAGUUUUUGCGAGAUGGCACUGCAAAUGGCAUCAUUAGGGCCAUGGUUUAAACUGGACUCAACUUUCAUAUGUGCGGGUGGUGAGAAGAAGGACUCAUGCAAGGGAGAUGGAGGAAGUCCCCUAAUGUGUGGGAUAGCAGACACUAAAAAUGUAUAUGAACAAUUUGGCAUUGUCUCUUGGGGGUUGAUAUGCGGAACGACGGAUGCUCCGGGAGUGUAUGUUAGUGUAGCCAAAUUUGUGAACUGGAUUGACAGGCAAAUGGUAUUGAAUGGCUUCAAUAACAGUGUCUACAAGUAUGACAGAAAAUGAUAGUUACAUAUGAGUGAACCAGCUAUUAAUUAUGUAGUAAUAAUGGUGGUACGCAGGAGAGAAGAGACUCAAGAGACGUUUUUCCGUGAGCGAAUUCGAGAAUUAGAUUGGAGAACCAGGCGUCCGUAUUUCAGGCGCUAGAUCUGAGUCUUACAUCUUUUAAAAAGAAACUUUAACUUCUCUGCGGGCUACGAGGAGGAGGAGGAGCCACUGAAGGCUCUCCGUGAGGACGUGGUUGAACAAAUGUACAAUUGUACCUACCAAAUACCAGAAUUCGAUGAAGUUGAGAUCGUUUUUUUUCUUCGGGGUCCCGUUCUCCGACGAAUGCGACGUUUUCCCCAGAUCGAAUUGACGAAAUAGAUUGUUAGAUCAAGCGUCCACUCGUAAGUACUAUGAAUGCACCCCCGGCCUCUUCUCCAGUAAUUUCCGGUUCUGCUUCACCGUCGUUCGGUAAGGUGGUCGGCUCCAGUCUAAAAAAAAUUGAAAAGAGAUUUUGUUUUGUUUCUUAA